AUGGCAGAUCGUCCAGCCCAGUCGGCGUCUCGACCGCACUUUACGAAUCCGUGGAAAACCGGCGCACCGGCCAAGACUCUACAGGAUGCGCCGGAUGGAAAGAUAGCUCAUACACUGACGGCUUGUACGAGAUGUCGACAAAGAAAAUCCAGAUGCGAUCCAGGGAUACCGAGAUGCGAACCAUGCGAACGAAGCAAUGCGCGAUGUGUCUACUACGACUCGACAAGAAACCAGACAAUUUCCCGCUCCUACAUAGUCCAACUACGAGAAAGAGCUCGUGCGCUUGAAAGAGAAAUUGAGGUAGCAGAAAAAGAAGUCAGGCACGCUGCCGAUGCCGAGCUAAUGGUUCGAGGCGCCGGUCGUAUAAGGUUUGCAGCAAAUGAUGAGCCGAGAUAUUUAGGACCGUCCAGCGGGAUUGCUAUAACGAGGCUGGUAAUGGAAUUAGCGAAGCAAAACACCGACUCGAAGAGUAUCAAAGACGUCGUCCCGGAAAUGACUGCGCAAGAGAUUCGUGACAUGUUUGCAAAGGAGAGCUCCAAGCCGACAUCUAAGGUCUAUCCGAUGAUUAGUUCUGUACCUCAAGACAGCUUACCCCCACGGGGGCUAACCAACAAGCUAAUUGAUCUCUACAUGGUCAAAGGUCAAGCCAUGCUUCCAGUGUUGCAUGAGCCGACGUUCCGACAAGAUGCGGAGGACGUUUUCGGCGCAUCUCAAGACGCUGUCCAAAACUUCCAACUACGGAUGGUCAUUGCAAUCAGUAUGCAGAAACUCAGUCCCGAGUACGCGGGGUUGGCCGAUAGUUACUACUUAGCAGCUCUGCCUUUUCUGCAGCCAUCGCUGCAACGAAUGGACCUCAGAUCCCUGCAGUGUCUGGCCUUAAUUGCCCAGUACUCUUUGGUAACGCCAACCAGGACGGCAUCAUACUGGGUGGUUGGAGCAGCCGCAAAGCUCACUCAGGAACUGGGACUUCUUGAAGAGGAUAACAUCACCAAGUCCGCAUCAGGCGAGCCGCUAAAUGUUUUGGAAAUGGAUAUGCGUCGGCGAGUAGCAUGGGUCGUCAUCACCAUGGAAUUUGGACUUGCUCAUAGUUUAGGUCGUCCGAAUGCAUUUUGCAUUAGCCAUGAUCACUUGAAUAUCAAAUUUCCCCAACUCGUGGACGACCGUUUCAUCACUGCGCAAGGAAUACUGACAGGAGCCAAGCCAAUUUGGGCCAAGUGUAUCGCAAUACAUUUUUUCAAAAUGCGAUUAUUGCAAGCAGAGAUACGGCGGACACUCUAUUUGAAUAAGCGAGAAGCUCCCCUCAGUGACCAAGAUCCUUGGUUCGAACAGAUGUUGACCAAAAUAGACCACUGGGUUGAAUCAUGUCCCAAGGAGGACGGCGGCAGUGGUCUGAGCAAAACUUGGUUCGUUGGCCGAAAGAACACCAUGAUUAUUAUGCUACAUCGGCCCUCUCCUCAAAUACCGGAACCGUCGGUUGAAGCUGCUCGAAAAUGUUACGACGCAUGUGCCUUCAAUGUGAAAAUGCACAUGGACCAGAUGUCAACUGGCUCUGUUGACUUGACAUGGGCAUCCACUCAAUCUCUGUUUAUGGCCAUCACCACAAUGCUGUGGACGCUCUCGUAUCCUGAUAUCCGCAUAGAGCACGAUAUUGAGGAAGUCAAAUCCUAUCUUCAGAUCGCCUUGGAGGCGGUCGCUAUAUCAGCACAACGAUGGCCAGGAUGUGAGUCCGCCCUACAGCUAUAUAGAAGCCUCAUAACGGCAUGUCUUAAAGCUUAUGACACUGCGGAAUCUUUUGUUGUGCAUACACCAUCAACCCAGCCGUCACCAGUGUCACUACAAGAAUCAACGCCGCCGCCUUUUGUUUCAAGUCCGUCAUCCAAGUCACAACAUUCCGUACAAACAGUUAUAUCUGCGGCGACGACGGCGUCAGAUGCAGAAAAAUACAUCCCAAACUCAAGAGGUCCCUCAGCAGAACCUGCUCAAAAACACACCCCGAAUCAAGACCAGUCUACCCCGCCGACUACUCAGGUCUCAUCAUCUCCCAUAUACAUGCCUUCACAGGCUCAUGUAGUACCACCGAAUGCCAAUACCAGCAAACAGCCACACGGACGAAACAUCAACCAUAGUCAGUAUGCAAACACACCUAUGUAUGCCUCGUACGGUGACCCUAACUUUGAUCCUUCUACACCCUUCAAUACCUUUCCCUCGAUUGUGCCUGGUCUUCCUAGUUGGGACCCUAACUACACAACGGUGCCAGUCACUACGAGUGAGGGGGGCUAUAUUAACAUGAGCGCCGACCCCGCCUUCUGGUUGGGUCCGUUUGGGGAUCAAUACUCCCAAUAUUCGAAUCAGCCAGGUCCUUGGCGAGGCCGGACGUUGAGUCAAGAAGAACAGAUAGAACUGAUGGACUCUUUGGCAGAUAAUAUACCGGAUGUGUCGUAUAUGUUGACCAAGGCCACAACCAUAUACUACCCUUCAUGAUAUGAAA